AUGUCUUCAAUAAGCUCACAUGGCCUUGACAGCUCGGAACUUCCUCGCUUCCGAUUCGCCAAUGACGAUUCCUUGUCCAACGAGGAAGAACAACCGGCGCCUGUUCGCAAAAAGGCAAUUAAAAAUAGAAGAAGCAGUAUUCCAGAUGCAUUCUCUUUCCAAACAACUGCAAUUCUGCAAGAAGCAGCGCGUAAGUUUAUGAGAGAUAAGAGCAGCGAUAGGAAGCUUGCGCAGUCUCGUGCUCGACCGCCUGAGGUGACGCAACUGCUUCCAAAAAAAGGAGAUCAGAAGAAAGUUUCAGCAACGAAAACUCUGCACUUGAAUGUCUACGAUCUGCCUGAUGUAGAAGAGAAAGGCGAGGAUGGAACAUUCUCGCCUCCAAAAGUAAAGAAUGAAAACGAGGACAACUGCUAUGCAAAUCCUACAAAACAACAAAAUAAUAAUCUCACUGCUUUGAUUACUGCAAAUUCAAAUCCUUUGACUGUUACAACCGAAACCCCUCAGGACAUCUCGCUUUGGUGGGAAGUUGUCACACAUUUAGGAUGA